AUGAAUUAUGAUAAAUUAAUAGGUAAGAAUAUAUUUAGUUACAUUAUACUUAAAAUAUAUAAAUACUAAGGAAUAAUAUUAUUACAGAAAUGAUUUUUAAUAUUAUAAGACCUAUUAUUUUUGUUUUAUUAUUAAUUAUUAACUAAAUUAUGUCACAAUAAGAAUUGUAUUAUUAUAUAAAAUUGUAUAUUAAAAACGUAAUGCUACACGUUUAAUACUUCAACUACUUCACUACUUUCUUUUACAAGUACUUUAAUAGGACAGGUUUUGUUUUUAAAAUACGACAUACGGUUUGAAUUUGAUUACUAUCACGAGUUCGUAAUGCAAAACGAUUCUAAAAGAUUAAACAAUAAACUUUUCUUAUAUAACAUUUUACCCGUUCUUCAUAGUAUUUUUUUUAAGGCCACGGUUAGUACAACAAAAAAUAUUUCUGGAGAACUUUGUAUGAUUGUAUGUAUUAAAUUUUAUAACUGAGAAUAUUUUUAUAAGAUAUUUUUGUUCGCACGAUUUUAUCAACUUAAAAAUGUGUGUAUGGAUAAAAAAAUCGAAUUAAAUUCCUAUUUAGAUAUACACAUUUAAAUCUCUUCCGAUUUUUUCAGGAAUCUAAAAUAUAGAAUAAAUGGUUUAUAAAUUAUAAUAAAUAAUACUACGAAACCGUUUUUCUAGGUGGAAUUAUAGUAGUUUUUGUUAUUGCCGUCUGCCGGAAUAGCAAUGCAGAUAUCAAUAACACGUGCAUUGAAGCGACUGACAUUUGUCCUAAUGAAAAUAUAAAAUUUUUUUUAUACACUAAGUACGAAUAUAAAUUAACUGUUAACUAAGAUCCUAAUUUUAGAUAACAUUGAUUAAAAUACACAUACUUCAUAUUAUUAAAUAAAAUGUUUGCAGUCAGACAAAAACCGACCCUGUUGAGCUUUCAGAAAAUUCGAUUAAAACCAUAAAGUUCGCCAAGUCAUACGAUUUAAAAAUAUUGGUACACGGAAUAUAUGGAUCGCGAAAUGAUGAAUUUAAUACGUUAUUAAGAACCGGUAAAUAUUUUAAUGGUGAUUCAAAUAAAAUAUGAACAUAAUUUGGGUUGAAUGUAUUGUUUAUUGUAUUGCAUUGUUUAACAUUUCAAAAAAUAAUUUUAUUUCAAUAUUAUGAACAUCCAAUUGUUUAACUGUCUAACUAAUUUUUGUCAGCAUACUUUUCACAAAGAGAAUAUAACAUAAUAACAAUCGAUUACCAUCCACUUGCACAUUCAAUGGAAUGUUACAAAGAGGCUGUGAGUAAUGUACCGAUCAUUGGAAAAUGCGUUUCACAAAUGUUGGUCGCGAUUUUGAACGAACACGAUCAAUUCAAGUACAUACAUGCGAUUGGAUACAGUUUAGGAGGUCAAUUAGUCGGUCUUAUUGGAAAACUGAUGAGAAAAAAUGAAAAAACUCUUGACAGAGUUACAGGUGAAUGCAAUCUGUUUUCAGAAGUAUCAAAAUGUUUAUCUUGAUAUCGAUUUAUGUAUUGCACUAAUGUGUGAACACUUAAUUGUCUGAAUUAUAUGAAUAUCUUCUUCUUCUUAUCCUUCGCCUUCAUCUCAACUAUAUUUGUGAUUUGUCACCCUCGUUUGAAACGUCUACUUGAUCCGGUAUACUCCGGUCUCCCACACGUAUACAUCGGUUUUUCUAAUAUCAUUCUCAAUCGCAUCCAACCACCCUCUUGUCGAUCUUUCUCUCCUCUUCUUUCCUCCAAAUUCCUUUUAAUUAAAAUGUAUACUGCUUCAGAUUCCUCUGUUUCUAUGACAUACCCGACCUAUAUCAGUCUAUUUUAUAUCACUGUGUAAACUAUAGACAGCUACGCCUAAGCUCUCUCUUAUGUACUCAUCCCUAAUCCUAUAUUUUCUCAUCACUCUAAUCAUCCACCUAAGCAUUUUCAUCUCUAUUACACUCAUUCAUUGUUUUAUUUUUCUUGCCACUAUACAGCACUCUGAACCAUACAACAAAGUAGGUCUCACCAUACUUUGGUAGAAUUUAACAUAAAGCUUCAUUGGAAUUCUCUUGUCACAUAAAAAACCACUUUUAUCCACUAUAUCUAAUAACACCUAAUCUUAUGUGAUUCAGAUACUUAUGAAAGCCAUUAUUAUUUUUUUAAAAAGAUCUUAAAUACUUAAAGCUCUCAAUUUCUCCUAUUGUAUCACCGCUUAUUUUCGUUAGCUAUUUCGUCCUGUUUCUCUAAAUACAUUCUCUGUUUUACUCCUACUUAUUCUAAGUCCUUUUAUUUUAAGUUCUAAUCUCCAUUCCUCAAGACUAACUUAUUUCAGAUUUUCUCCUAUCAAAGUUAUGUUAUUUACAAAUAUUAUACAGCAUGAUAUCUCCUCUCAUAUUUCAUUCCUACGCACAUCCGUGAUGAGAUAUUCUGCCGAAGUUCUGCUUAAAACUCAUCAUACUUUUUGAUAGAAUUUUACACCGACUGUUGAUCUGACGCAACCUCAUUUUUCGCCUUUUAAAACUGUUAUUGUGGAAGUAUUAUUAUUCCCUCUGCCAGGAAAGUCUAAAUUAUAUGGGUUUACUAUAUAUAUUUUAUUAUUGAAAAUCAGGACUAGAUCCAGCAUUACCUUGUUUCGAAGUGGCAUCAAAUAAAUUGGAUGUGCACAGUGGCACACAAGUAGAUGUCAUUCAUACUAAUUCUGGAGUUUUCGGAUACACGUUACCCAUUGGAACUGUUGAUUUUUAUGCUAACGGUGGAAUCGGCCAACCAGGGUGUCAAAACACUAUUGAAUGUGAGUAUCCGUUACUUGAAGAUUAAUUCAUCUUAAAAAAGCAGAGGUCAGGGUUAAAAAUACGUUUACACUUGAUUUAGUACCUCUAAUUUUUUAACAGGUAUUUAUUUAAAUGUUAUAAAAAUCGCUGAAAAAUAUUUUGGAUAAGAUUUUUCUUUUAUACAAUUUAAAUUGUAUUAUAAUAUUUAUAUAUUUGCUGUUAGGCACUUUUAUUAUAGUAUUGUAAACUACUAUAGGUAGGUAUUUAAAAUAAUUUGUAUCUUUUGUUUUAUCGCUGAAAAGAUAAUUCAUUGUAUCUACUGACCCAAUGAUUUUUGAAUAUAUUUAAUCUAAAUAAGAUGAAUAAAACUAAAUUUAAAUUUAUCUAAUUUUAAACAACCAUGUUUGUUCUUUUAGAAUAAAUUAACAUUCAUUUUCUUAGAUAAUUGGAUAGUUUGUAGCCACGAAAGAUCAUAUAAAUAUUACGCUGAGUCGAUUUAUUACGGCACGAACAUGUCUGGAUUUUAUGCAAAGACAUCGAGCUCUACACAAAAAUUAUCAUUAUUGGGAGGUUUUAGAACUUAUUUAUUCAGAAAUAAUGUAUUGUUCGGAGAAUACCUCGAUCCUAAGUAAGUUCCUUAUAAGUUUUAAUAAUUGUAUGUAAGUGUAAUGUAAAUAUGUACCUAUAUUAUAUAAUUAUACAAUUACAACAUUGUUUAACUAACAUACUAUUUUAAUUUUAAAACUAUACAUUUAUAUUUCUUGUUCCGUUUAGCAACCAAAAGAAAAAUAAAUAAAAAUAUUAACUGGUAUAAAUUCUAAGAUUGAACCCUAAUAAUAUUCUUUACUAAUUUGCUCAUUAUAUUUAAUUAGCAUUAAAGGUGUAUACGGAUUUCAAACAAACGACAGUUCACCUUAUGCACAAGGACGUUGUAAACUUAUGUCAUUUAUUUUGUCACUGUUAAAGAAAACAGCAAUCAAUGUUUGA